AUUAAAAUGUGAUGAUGAAGAAGCUAAAGAAGAACCCCCUGCUAUUAUACAUGAGACAUUCAUAGAACUGGAUUGUCAUAUCACUAUAAUGAUAAAUUAUUUACAAGAUGGAAUAAAAGAGGAUUUUUUUAAAAAAAAACUAGAUAGGGAGUCUCCCUCUUUAAAGCGUCAAGCAAGCUACACAAAAACUGUAAAAAUUAGUCGAUUACCAAAAUAUCUCACCAUACAAUUUGUUAGAUUCUUUUGGAAAACACAGGAACGUGUCAGAACCAAAAUUGUACGCAAAGUGAGGUUUCCGUUAACGUUGGAUAUGACAGAAUUUUGCACCGAAGAACUGCAAAGCAAAAUUCUACCUGUAAAGAAUAAGUUAGUGGAAUUGGAAAAAGAGCAAGAAUCUGCAAAAAAAAAAGCAAAACUUGCAAAAAAUCCUGAACAAGCCAAAGAAAAAUCAACGAUAGAUCCCGCGGUAGCUGAAGAGAUUGAAAAAUUAAUAGACCCAGAGCUGGCAAAAGAUAUUGGUGCUAAUGUGACUGGAUUAUAUGAUCUUUGCGCUGUUCUCACUCAUAAAGGACGAUCAGCUGAUUCAGGUCAUUAUGUUGCUUGGGUGCAAGAAUGGAUCAAAUAUGAUGAUGAUCAUGUCAGUAUUGUGCAUCAAGAUGAAAUACUGAAAUUAGAUGGAGGAUUAGGUGACUGGCAUACUGCAUACAUGCUUUUAUAUCGAUCUAAGGAAAUUCCUAAAUAG